ACUCCUAGAGGCCAAGACCAACACCAAAACCAACACAAAGAAUGGCUCACCCUGAUGAGUUGGAAACUCUAACCAAGGCCUUCUCAGGACAUGGAAUCCACGAGCAGGCAUUAAUAUCAAUAUUGGGAAAAUGGCAGCCGGAGGAAAAGAAAUCCUUCCGGAAAGGAAAUCCCAACUUGUUCAUAGAGGAUGAACGUAACUUUGAGCGCUGGGAUGAUCAGCAUGUUAGACUUCUCAAGCAUGAAUUCAUGCGUUUUAAGAAUGCUGUUGUGCUUUGGACCAUGCAUCCAUGGGAAAGGGAUGCUCGUUUGGUGAAGGAGGCCUUGAAGAAAGGGCCACAAUCUUAUGGUAUCCUCAUAGAGAUUUCAUGCACCAGAUCAGCUGACGAACUAUUAGGAACAAGGAGAGCCUAUCAUUCCCUAUUUGACCACUCCAUUGAGGAAGAUGUUGCUUACCACGUCAAUGGCAGUGAACGCAAGCUCUUUGUUGCACUUGUAAGCGCCUAUAGGUAUGAGGGAUCAAAGGUUAAGGAAGGUAUAGCAAAAUCUGAGGCUAUGACACUUUCUAAUGCCAUAAAAGAAGCUGAUAACAGGAAGCCCAUCGAGGACGAUGAGGUGAUAAGGAUACUAUCAACAAGAAGCAAGCCCCAUCUCCAAGCAAUAUAUAAGCACUACAAUGAGAUUUCUGGCAAGAACAUUGAUGAGGAACUUGAUAUUGAUUUGAGGCUAAAGGAAACAGUGCAAUGUCUAUGCAGUCCUCAAAAAUAUUUCAUCAAGGUCUUGGACACAGCAUUGACAAAGGAUACUGAUAAGAAUAUCAAAAAAGCACUUACUCGAGUAAUUGUAACCCGAGCUGACACAGAUAUGAAGGAGAUCAAACAAGAGUACAAUAACCAAUUUGGGGUUCCUCUGUCCAAGAAAAUUGAAGAUACAACCAAUGGGAACUAUAAGGAUUUCUUGCUCACUUUAAUUGCAAGAGGUGGCUAAAACAAAAUAUGGGAAUUAAAUUUGGUUAAAAACAUUGGGUUAUUUAUAUGUCCUUUUUUUUCUAGUUGAUUGUUGAUCUUUUCUUUCUGCGGCAAGUACUCUUGUGCCUGAGUGAGAAUUGUGUUAUCAUAAAGAAACAAUUUAAUAAAUCAAACAUUGUUACCUUUUUUUUUUUA